CAAAGCUAGCUAUGUCGUCUCUUCUUCUCAGCCUCUCUUCCAAGCCCUCUCUCCGCAAACUUGCUCAGCUGAGAUGUCACACCCAUAGGAUGUUCUCCUCCUCUAGCACCAACCCUUACUUGCUGUAUUGUGUCACACAUUAUGGAAGUUCUUGGGAUGAUAUUAAUGUAACAAGCAAUAUCCACUAUUUUGACCCGGUCAAGGAAGAUGAAGUUAUUGUCCGAGACAAGGUGUUACCAAUGGAGUUGCGUAAAGGGUGUCUGGUCGGAAUGUCCCAUGGUUGGGGAGUUUUCAAGGCCGUGUGUGAUGAUAAUACAUAUAAAGCCAUAUAUGUUACCGACUACUACAGUCCUCGUGGCUCCAAAUCAGUCAAAAACAUUCCUUUGCAUCCCCUGGGUAAACCUAUAGCUAUCCAACAGCAAGCCAUCACCAACGCCGCAAUGAACUGUUCACCUGAUCAGAGCAAUGAAUUUGCAGUGGCUGUCAAGUGUUUAGGGCCUAUGAUCAAUUUCAAUAGGCCUGGUGGCAAACACAGGGAAUCGGGUUCGGUCGUCUUUAAAACUCCUUUCCAGUAUUUUGAUCAAUCGAAGGUCAUGUAUUCAAAGAGAGAUGAAAAGUUCUACACUCCUAGUUUUGGAGGCCAGUUCUUGGUUUCCUGGGAUUCUUUCUUCGAGGAAGACAUGACCGGCUCUGAGUUGCAAGAGUUGCAGUUCUCCAACCUGCCUGAGUUCACCCAGUCCGAGUGGGAGCUGCUGGACUCAUGUUCAAAGACUGUAUACCUUGUGGAGUCUCCCUCAGGCCAACGUUUCCUGAUCAAGUGGUACGCUCAGAACCACGAACCAGGCAAUGGGAUGGCAUUCCUGUGUCGCGGAACAAAGCGUUUCAUGGUGUUUAGACAGGAAGAAGAAACAGGGGUCAUGUCUUACACAGAGGACAUUGGAGACCUCUGCAUAUUCCUAGGCAAUAAUGAGCCCUUCUGUGUCAAGGCAAGCUCGUUCCCUGGCCUAAACCCUAACUCAAUCUAUUUUGCAGGCGAUGGCUGUGGCGAUGGCUAUGGUGUUUACGAUAUCGCCAGUAUAAAACCACGUUCCUUCCGUCCCAAGUCUCCCUCAGCCUUCUCGUUAGCAUCACUCCUCCCUUACUGGAUCCCUCCAAUGUCUCUCUAGUUACAAUGUCCUCCACUAGUUUUAUUGGG